AUGUCUCCCGACACUAUCACGAGAAAGGUUAUUCUCGGUAGUGGAACGAUCCAGCGUGCCAGAACGGGUUGGUGGCCCAAACCCAACAGCCGUCACGAGCACCUCAGUUACCGUAGUUCCCAAUUCGUUACGAAAGAGAAGGUUCCAAAAAUCUUUGUGACCAGAGCGGUUACGGCACCCACCUUUCUUUGGUGCGGUCAAGAGCCACCAAACAAAUUAGUUGUGCGCCGUGCUCUUCGUGAGGUACAAAGCAAGCCCACAACCUGGAUGCUUCCUACUUUGGACAAUCCAACGGCGGUAAUGGUUAUCAACAUUGACACACAGACGAAUAUUCUACAGCCAAGAAGGGGGAAAUCAGACGGCUACGUAGAGAGGUGA